ACCCCCAUAAUGCCAUGGGGGCUAGCUGUGUUUAGUGUAGAAACGUUGGUAAUUUGUACAUGUCUAUGACAUGUUGGAAAUAAAAAAGCCGCUCUUGACACCUCUCUAAUCUUUCUACUGCGAGACAAAGUGUUAAGGAGAUCAAGAUGGAAUCGAGAAUCAACGAGAGGCCAGAAUCUGCUUUUGAAGUUUACAUGGAGGUAGUCCAUCCAGGCACUCCUAGCUCGGCGCCUGAUAUCCGAAGGAAAUUCCCAGAAGACUUCAACGACGGGGAAACCAUCCAGACUGUGCCAAAGUUCUGCUUUCCGUUCUCCUUGGAUAGUGUCACGGUCAAUCAGAUGGACCAAAAUUUCACAUUUGUGUUGACUGACAUCAACAGUAAACACAGAUUUGGAUUUUGUCGCCUCUCCUCAAGCGCACACACCUGCUAUUGCGUCCUGAGCUACCUGCCUUGGUUUGAUGUAUUUUAUAAACUGCUAAGUAUCAUCGCAGACUACACUGUAAAUGGCCAGGAUAGUCAUUUCCAAGAGUUACUGGUGUCCCUGCAUAAGCUUCCCAUUCCUGAUCCGGGUGUCCCUGUUCAUCUUGCUAUGCAUUUCUACUUCACUGUACCCGACGUAAAAGAACUCCCCAGAAUACCAGAAAACAGGAAUCUUACAGAGUACUCUGUAGCAGUAGAUGUCAAUAACAUGCUUCAUCUCUACGCUAGUAUGCUUCAUGAACGUCGCAUUCUCAUCUGUUGUAGCACACUAAGCACUUUAACAGCUUGUGUCCAUGGGUCUGCUGCCAUCUUAUAUCCAAUGCACUGGCAACAUGUUUACAUUCCAGUUCUGCCUCAACAUCUAUUAGACUACUGCUGUGCCCCAAUGCCGUACCUCAUUGGAGUGCAUUCCAGCUUAAUGGAGAAAGUUCGGAGACUGGCAAUGGACGAUGUGGUGGUACUGAAUGUAGACACUAACACACUUGAAACCCCCUUUAAUGAUCUCCAAAGUCUACCCCAGGAUGUGGUCUCGUCUCUGAAAAGUCGUUUGAAGAAGUUUUCGACAACUCCUGGGGACGGCAUGGCUCGAGCUUUCCUCAAGAGUCAGGCGUCUUUGUUUGGCAGCUACAGAAAUGCUCUGCGGAUUGAGUCGGGUGAGCCAAUCACAUUCAGUGAAGAAGCCUUUGUAAAUCAUCGAUUGAGUGCCAUGAGAGAGUUUCUUCAGAAUGCCAUCCAUCUGCAACUUUUCAAACAGUUCAUCGAUGGCCGUUUGGACCGGUUAAACUCUGGAGAAGGUUUCAGUGACAUCUUUGAGGAGGAGAUCAACAAAGGCGAAUAUGCGGGAAGUGACAAAUCCUACCACCAGUGGCUAAACACUGUGAAGAAAGGAAGCGGGGCUAUCUUGAACUCUGUGAAGACCAAGGCAAACCCAGCCAUGAAGACUGUUUACAAAUUUGCCAAGGACCAUGCCAAAAUGGGUAUCAAGGAAGUCAAGAGCCGGCUAAAGCAGAAGGAGCACCCAGAUAUCGGACCAGGAAUGGUUGUUGGUGAUAAUGACAAGAGUGAGGGAGCACCACCGACAUGGGAUGAGCAUAGACUCAAUUGGCAUUUUGGACUGACACAGUCACCCAUCCUGUUGAAGAGACACACCAGUAACGACAGUCUGGAAAGUUCGGAUGACCAGUCACAGCCGUACCACUCUCUCAGAGAGGCGGAGUGGAUGGAAGAAAGGGAUUGUCAGACGGCUCCUCCCAGCCCGCUGAAGGAGAACAUCUCCAACGUCAGCUUACUGGCCAAUAUCUUCAGCUGCCUGGAUGAGCACGAGAGCCCAGGAUUUCCUCUGGCUAAAAGUCUCGAGGACCUGAGGAUUCUGCAAGACUCUGACGCACUUCAAGCCAAGCUCACCUGUGAGCGAAAGGAGCUGAGUUUCAGUGAAUAUUCCCAAAUGUUUCCGGGCCUGAAGCCGUCCAACCCUUAUAACAAGCUGUUGAGUCCCGGACUGGAUCAAGUCGACUUUUCCCCUUGCGAGCCUCCUUCCUGCCAAAGACCCCCAUCUUCCCAACCCCGCAGCCAGAACAAAUACCACAGCAGUAAGAAUUCAGACUCCUGCGGCCAAGACAUCAUCACAAUACCUCGUCCUCACGGCAAGAGAAGAGCUGAUCUGGGACCUGUGCGUGCACCAAUUGUCGGGCAGGCGCCGUGUACACAAUUCCAUAAUGACGCGACAAAAAAAGGUGGCCAGGAAUUUCGAAAAGCCCUAACAAAGACCUCAGAUGACGUCCAAAUGAAGUCUGGGCAGGAUGGUGUGGAUUUGAUAAGCCUUCUGGACCCCCUCAACGACUCAGCACGCAGUAGUUUCAUGUCAGGAAGGGGUGACGUGGAUAUUGAGGUGUUUUCUUGCAAAGCAACCCCUUUCGCACAGAACCUGCCUCCGUUUCAGCCACUUGAUGACAUAUCACCUAAUCUCUUCACCCAAGCUACCUGGAGUAAAACGCCGGAACCGCGCCGGCCGCAGCCGUUCCACGCCCUCUCCGGCAGUGCCACCCUCAUACCCGGGUACCCGUCCUCAUACAUUUCGUUGCCUCACUCGUCCACCGCGAAUUAUGCACUUUCGAGUGCGCUUACGAACUCAUCGUCUGUGCCGACUGCGGCACCCAACCCGCUCGCCAGGCCGCGUCACGCCGAAGCGGAAAACCACCACACUCAGGAUCUGUUUGGUGACCUGCUCACAAUGAUUAAACCAGCCGCCCCCCCCCAGAAGACCGUGGAGCAGAAGAGGUGGGAAACAUUUGACUGAAGCCUGCACAUAAAUAAUCUCAUCCUCUGCUGAUUUUGGCACGUUACCCCGUUACCCCGUGUAUAUUCGGAGUACUCAAGCACUUUUACCCAAGGGUUUGCCCAAGGGCACUUCAACAUUGUCAUUAAACCCGCAACCUUCAGGUUUGAAAGUGGACACCGCUAACUAAUAGAAUGACACCAACAUCUCAGUCAAUUAGAAAUUCAUUGAUAUCUGCCAUAUAAAGCAGGUACCGUUCACAUGUUAGUGAGGGUACCCUGCAAAAGUCAGCAGGGGUUCAAAUCCCACCAUGUUUUGUCUGAAUGUUGCCUUUUGAUUUCAUGACUGCACGAGAGCCAUUUUUGAAAUAUUACAAAACAUAUCAAAUGUUCCUCAAAUUCAAACCCAAACUGCAAUGAAAUGCAUGAUUGUCUUUUAUGAAACGUCUUACAACAAACGACUCCAAGCCCCCCCCCCCCCCCCCCCCCGCACGGAAAAUCCAUGUGAAAUGUGAAAACGUACAUUGGAACCUUGGAUAGCGUCAUUAUUCCAUCUUUAGCCAAAUCCAAAUUUCUCAUAAGGAAUAAUAAUAAGGCCAAAAAUAUUAACACAAAACCGUCAAAUGAUUCAAAAAAGGAAUCAAAUUAAUCACAGUUUUCAAAUUAAUUAAUCAUGAUUCAUCAUUAUUUGAAACUGUGUAAAAUUUGCCAAUUUUUAUGUAUUUUAUGCACAGAAAGAUACAUGACAGGACACAAUUUAUUAUAACUUAUAAUACAUAAUUUAAUUAUAUUACAGCUGUCAAAUGAUUACAAAAUUAAUCAUGAUUAAUUUAGCAUAAGCAACUGCAGUCAUGGGAAAAAAAAUGAUGCUAGCGUCAACUGCUGACGUCAUCGUAGACGGGCGAUGUAACUUCCAGCUGCGUUUGCCAUUAAGCUAAUAGCUAACAAAGAAGGACGUUUAUGAUAAAUACAUUAAAAACAUAAGCAGUGCAUUAAUAACAUGACCGGAGAAUGUAUACUUGUGGUGUGUACAUUUUCAAUGUUAACCAAAAAACACGCUAAGCAAGGUUCCUUGUACUCCAAUAGGGUUUCCUUUAUUUUGGUUCACUUUUUGUCAACACACACUUGCUAUCUUAUUGACACUCAAUAAAGACAUUCCUCUGAAUUCAUACCGCAUAUUGGUCAUUUUCAAACCUUUAUAGGUUAAGAACCUACUGCAAAAAAAUCUA